CGUUAGGUGGAAUUCGACGUGUCUCGUAAGAGGAAUACGCGCGUGACAAACGUACGCGGUAGCGACGACGAACGCGAAGAAAAUAUCGCGCCAAGAUUUUUAUCGUAUGGAAUUAACAUAAAAACAUGGAACUCUCGAUGGCGAUUUUAACGAAAUAUCGCGAGCCAAAACGCGAGUCAUCGUCAUCGCGGAAAUUAAAAGGACGCGCGUGCAUGCGUUUUGCUUUCGCUUUCACCUUCUCCGGAUACUCGUUUAAGUAAGCUACGCUUGCGUGAGUGUAGCCGAUGCCUGUCGCUCUGAUCAAUCGUUUUUCGACAAUCCUGUUGCCAAAGCGAGAAUAGCAAAUUGUCGCCGUUUACUCGCGUCGAUCGUUAAGAAUCGUUCGAACGAAAGGAUACGAUUUGUACUGGAAUUUCGUCUACAGCGCGUCUGGCGUACUUGAUAAAUUACAAACUUUUUUCGUUCAACCGCUUCUUUAGCCGAGUUACAACAGUUCGAUGUUUGCAUCGUCGUUAAAAGUAGCUUGUACAGCUGUCCGUAUCAGUUUCUGGCAGCUCGAUGUCGAGGUGCAAGGACCUAUGGAGAUGACGUCCUCUUCUACCUGCUGACGUAAUUCCGGAGGAUGCAUCGCAGGAUGUGGCUGCAGCAGACGUUUCUCUUGCUGCAAAUGGUUCACCUGAUCGCUUGGGCCAGUCUUGAAAAUACAGGCCUGUCCGACAGAUUGGAAAACGUGACGCAAACUAUAUCGCGGAUACUCGAUGGUUACGAUAUUCGAUUGAGGCCAAAUUUCGGCGGAGAGCCCCUGUUGGUUGGCAUGGACCUUACGAUCGCGAGCUUCGAUGCAAUCUCGGAAGUAAACAUGGAUUAUACGAUAACGAUGUAUUUAAAUCAGUAUUGGAAGGACGAGAGACUGGCGUUUUCUCAAGAAGAGGAGGUUCUCACUCUCAGUGGAGACUUUGCGGAAAAGAUUUGGGUUCCAGACACGUUUUUCGCCAACGAUAAAAACAGUUUCCUACACGACGUGACCGAGCGCAAUAAACUCGUUCGGUUGUCCGGAGACGGAUCUGUCACUUAUGGCAUGAGAUUCACGACGACCCUGGCCUGCAUGAUGGAUCUGCACUACUAUCCGCUCGAUUCGCAGAACUGCACCGUAGAGAUCGAAAGCUACGGAUACACUGUGCUGGACGUGGUAAUGUAUUGGAAACAAACGCCGGUCCGUGGUGUGGAAGAAGCGGAACUGCCACAAUUCACGAUAAUCGGUUACGAAACGAACGAUCGUAAAGAGAGGCUGGCCACUGGUAUAUACCAGAGAUUAUCGUUAAGCUUCAAACUUCAAAGGAACAUCGGAUACUUCGUUUUCCAGACCUAUUUACCUAGUAUCUUGAUCGUGAUGCUAAGCUGGGUCAGUUUUUGGAUAAAUCACGAAGCAACCAGUGCUAGAGUAGCUCUCGGUAUAACGACAGUCCUUACAAUGACCACGAUAUCCACAGGUGUACGUAGUUCACUGCCACGUAUCAGCUACGUGAAAGCUAUCGACAUUUACUUAGUAAUGUGUUUCGUUUUCGUGUUCGCUGCUCUCCUCGAGUAUGCAGCGGUCAAUUACACUUAUUGGGGCGCCAGAGCCAAGAAAAAGACAAAAAAGAAAGAAACCGACGACAAAAAAGUAAUUCACUCGAAAUCAGGAAGCAAAACAAGUUCUCCUUUUCCUGGCUCAACGGAAGCGGACAUAAUAGAGCUUCAAGAUCUCAGAAUGUCUCCCCUGCCAAGUAUCAGAAACAGAUCAGGCCUAGUUAGUAGUAGUUCGACGCCUGGAACCGGAAGAGAACAUGAUCCGGCCAAGUUUCCUCCUAGCUUUCGAAUUUCCAGAGUCGCGGCCUACAAUACAUAUGGGAGAAACGCUGGCCUCAGAUACAGAGGCCCUAAACAACAUAAACCUAAGGUACUACACGCGAUACGGAGAGGAGCAUCCGUAUUGCGCGUGUCGAUGCCGAAGAUCAAAGACGUGAACAUUAUCGACAAAUAUUCGAGAAUUAUAUUUCCAGUCAGUUUUAUGCUGUUCAAUGCCAUUUACUGGGUAUUCUAUUUCCUCUGAGCCUAGCCGUCGCAACAGUCUCACGCCAUCUGCCGUACGAAGAAAGAUAAAAAAAAAAAAAAAAAAAAGAAAAAGGACCAAUCCAUAAACGAGAAUUUCCAAGAAUCUCAAUGAAAAGGAAAUCAAUUCUAUUUGAACUUGAAUCAAAUUUCGAAAUUAGAUUCCGAAUAGAGUCGACGUUCGGGCCACGAUUGAAAUCGAAAUCUUCGUCAUUUUCGAUCGAAGGGAGCAGGUAUCGAAAGUACUGAAUCGAAAGCUGCCAAUAUUUAUCGACGAGGAAAUAUUUUCAAGGUAUAUCGAUUUAUAAUCUUGAGACAUAAUAAUAUUUUAGAAAAUACGUUCCUAUUCGAUAUUUCAAUUCGAAUGGAUUGCAGUGCGCGGUGCAAAUGGUACUGUUAUUCGAGAAUUUUUUUUAAAUAAGGUCAGCUGGAAAGAUCAUUUAAAAAUCGAUAACUUUUUUUUACCUGUCAUUUACAAAUCGAGCAAUUAACGGUUCAUCUAAAACAAAUUGAGGUUGCAACGAAAACCAGAGACCGUACUUCGAAAUUAAAAAAUCGUUAACUCCCGUAAUUGUUGCUGGUAUCGGUAUCUGAUGGUAUUUCCACCCAAAUCGAGAAAAGUCGUUAAACCAACAAAAAUCGUUCGAAAUGAGAGAAGCGUAAAUUUUAGAAGCAUAUAUCAUAAAUUAGAGUAGUUCUCGAUUAAAACUUACUGUAGGUAAAAGAUAUCGUCACUGUUGUCGUCGAUAAUGUCGGUAUUUCCCAAAGCGUGUCUCAUACAUGUUAUCAUACGAGGUUAUCUUAAAACUAUACAGUAGGACUCCGUUCAUAUGAACUUGUGGAGGGACAAGUUGGUUCGGAUAACCAGAUAUUUUAUAUAAUAAUCUACUAGUAAAUCGAUGCUUGUCUUUCCUUUUAAGUCUAAUUUGUUCUACCAUUUUGCGAACGAUAUCUUAUCGUUAGACGUUCGAAUAAGUCGAUCGGCACUCGACGUUGGUUGAGACGAUAGUUAGCGCUACUACAAUUCCAUGUAUAUGAACGGAGUUCCACCGUAUCUUCAAAAUUUUUACUUUCGAUAAAUAAAUAAUACAAAAUAAAUAAUCGCAACGAUUGUAAAUAUUUUUAUUUGUACGUCAACAUCUUUCGAUACAUGUACCAUACACGACUAUCGAAAUGAACGUAUACAUUUUUUCACGUGACUGUGUAUAUGUAUACGUACAUUACAAUGUUAUAUACAUAUACAUGGCUUAACAAUCAAUAAUCCAAUUGUUGAUAAACAUUUGUUCAUUUACACGAACGACGACAGUCUUUAAUACGUACACGAAAUUAGACUUAAUCUUCCGUUCGUUGGUAAAAUGUAUGAAUUCGAAAAAGUUUAGUUCUCCAUUCCUGCAACGUUAAUUAUAAAACAUCGAUUCGAGAAAUCGUCAUACAGCUUACACUCUCUAUAUUUUCGACGAUAAUAAGUAAAAAUUGGUUUGAGAAAAAUUCCCAUACGUCACAUACAGCGCACUAUUUCUCAAUGUAGAACGGUACAGGCAUGGUAGUUGUAAAUGGAAAACGAAGAAGGAGAAAGAACAGAACGGAAAAAGUAUUUUCGGUAUCAUUAGUCCAAAGCUGAAGAAAUCGUUCGAGCUUUAAUUUGAACGGUGAGAACGGCGAGAAAAGAUGAUCUAACGAAUGUGAGUACGCGUGAGUGAGAAGAGAAAAAAAACUGUCUUUUUCUAGGGAAUAUUUUUCUGAAACAUUGAAAAUGCGAUCCUUAUAGAUUGCGCGUGGUAAUGCUAAUUAUUUUAAUAUAAAUCGUAUCUGUAAUUUUAAGGCAAAUUAAAUUUAGCGACUUAAACAACUA